GGAUCACGGUCCUCUCUACCACCUCCUGACUUACUUUGGGCUCAUUCCUCCUGCCUUCUCUGUAAAACAGACACUGGACUAAGAGCGUUUUUAGAAUGUUGCGGAAGGACAUUCGGGCGGAAAUUUCCUCCCAAACUGAGCCUUGAAAGAACAUACAGAAAAUCUGAGAGGUACGCUUGAGGACAGGCGCCGCCGGCCUGAGGCAAGAGGAUUCCUCCCUCCCCAGGUGAAUCUGGCUUCUGGCUUCCCCACUCAAAUGAAACUGCCCCAUCCAAAGUCAGCCCACCUGAAUUCAGGGGCAUUUUCUCGAGCCUCAGCUCACUGCUGCCCAUCUUGGGCACCUUCUUACCUUGGUUCAUUCCUUCUCCUCCCACUCGACUCAGGGGUCGUCGUCCAAAUCCAGGUCCCCCCAAGGCUCUAUGCUGGGCCCACUGCUUGCUCUCAGUCUACAUGUCACAUCUUCCUCUGGCUUCGGGGCUCAGUCCUGCGCUCCUAAUGGCCACCAAGUCAUUGCCAACCACAGGCAUCUCAAAUCCAAGAAGUCCCAAACUCUGCCUCCAUUCCACCUCCCCUUCCUUCAAAGCACAGCUUAGGGGCACUGGGCCUACCCCCGAGGAUACAGAGAAAGACAAAAUCAGUGCCUGCCCUGAAGGAAGCCCGUUCUGAUGGCGGAGACCACGCGGCACCAAUUAUGUGCAAACCUACUCUGGCAGACCCCCUGCAGAGAAACCCCCGGGCUUCUCCUCAUCCCCAUUCUUAGUGUGCUCUCCCUCUUGAAAUGACUUGGUAUUUCCUUACCAGUGUAAAAGUUGUGACCCCCUGAAAGAAUCCCAGUUCCUAAAAGGCAGAGGCUGUUUCAUCUGUUCUGUGCCUAGCACGUAGGUGUUUACUCUUUGUUGAACUGACUGGACAAUCUCGAGUAGCACAAUUAGGGUUAGCUUGAGAAUGUGCUACUGGGACGGAACAGAACAGCCACUACGUGCUCCUUGUCUCUUUCAGUCUCAAGUCAGGAUGUAUAAGGCGGACAUCCAGCCAGAGCAGAAGCAGGCUGGGGCCACCGAAGCCCGAAGGAACCAGGAGAAACAGAGGCGGAGCCGAAUCUUUGAUGUUCGGAACAGAGUCAUUGGGGUGGAUGUGGAAGCCCUGAAGAGCCUGGUGCAGGAGCAGAAAAGGCGAGAAGAUGCUGAGCGGGCUCGUGAGGCAGCCUUUGAUGCCAGCCGGGUCCAGUGUGACCUGGUGGCCCAGCUGCUGGAGAAGGAGGAGUUGCAACGUGCCCGGCGGGUAGCCCAGCAAGUACAGGCCUUUCGCGAGUGGGAGCAGCGGCCCCAGGACCGCCGAGACUUUGACCUGUCCGACCCAGCAAGACCACGGAAGGAGAAGCCACUGCGAGCGGGUGACCUGGACCCCCACUGUGGGCCCUCCAGCGUGCAGCUCUUUGCUGGGGAACACUUGGGCCAAGCUACCCGCCAGUGCCUGCAACGAGAACAGGCCCGUCGUGAAUUGAGCUGUCAGCAGGAGCAACGUCAGGCUAGGAGGGAUGAGAAGUACUCGGAGGUUCUGGGGGACCAGAAGCGGAGAGAGAUGGACCUUCGAGCCGCUCACCUGGAGGAUCUGGAAGCUGCCUGCCGUAAAGCCAUGGCCGUGGCCGUGGCUAAUCACAACAGGGCUCAGGCCAUAGAGGUGGAGGCACAGCGAUGUCUGGCCCGCCAGAGGGAGCAGGGUGACAACCUCACUGAGAUCUGCAACCACCUGACCAGUGACAUGCUGACCGAGAACCCUUCUGUCUCCUCGAACCCCUUGGUCCCACAUUGGGUGGUCCUGGAGCGCUGGAAGGGCAUGACCCCUGAGCAAAUAGCCGCCAUCCAUAAGGAACAGGUGGCCCAGCGCCUCGAGGCCCGGCGCCGGCUGCAGGCUGAGUGGCGCCUGGAAGCCGAGUGGGCCCUCCAGGACCAGCUGGCUGCUCGGGCUGCUUGCCAGCUGGAACGUGAGCAGCAGGCGCAAGCACAGAAGCUGUGGCGGGACCUAGACGCGUACAACAAGCAGCUGGCCCGAGAGCAGCGGGCACGGAAGGACUACCUGGACAAAGUGGUGUACACCAAUGAGCCCACGGCCCACUUCCACCUCCAGUUCAACACCAGCAGCCGCUGAGGUGGGAGGCCUCACCCUGGUGCUUGGGCCCU